AUGGAUGCAAGCAGGCGCAAGAGAAAGGCGUCGAGGGUGCAACGGCUGACGCCCCGACAGCAGGAGGCGCAGUCGUGGGCGGUGGUGGCGGGGGCGGGCGAUGAUGCCGACGGCGCGGCAGCAGCCUUCAUCUUGGCGCCGCAAGUUGUGGAGGCGAAAGAUGAGGAAGAUGAGCUCCUGUCCGAGCAGCAGCAGCGGAAGAGGCAAAAGGUGAAGAAGGGCAAGAAGCGGUUGGGUGCUGGGUCACGCCAGAGGAGGGAGCACGCAUCCGAAGAGGAGAUGCUCACCAUCCGAGCAGUCGGCGAGCGCGACGAAGAUGCAGAAGAGGCGGAGGGGGGAGCCAGCAGAUGCAUCUUCAUCGCCAGCGGUUUCGCACUGCAGGACGAGCUCGCCAGCGCUGAUGGUGAAGGGGGCCUGAGCGUCGAUGCGGCGGCGGCAUCUUCUCUACCUACCACCAUCGCUCGCAUAAGGCUGGUGCCCUUCAAGUCGGCCAUCCUCUCCGAUGCCGAGAUCAACCACGCCCUGGCCAAUGACCAUACGUCGCCUCCUUCAUCUUCUUCCUCUACGUCGGCCGACUCGUGUGAUCGGCAACAGCUACGCGCUACGCUCGGCCUUUUUCUGUCGACAGAAGGCGAUGUGGUGGCGUGCGCGCCGUUCGACAGCGCCUUCGCCAGCCGCAUCGCUGCGACGGGCGACGACGGGUCUGUGCAGGCGCCGCCGGUGGUGCCGCAGGAGGUUAUCGACGCCGCGCUCUAUCUGCUUCGCCACAAGCCGCACCUCGUGGGCGUACAGGCAGCCGUGGUUGGGGCCGGUCCUGGCAGCAGCUCGCGCGAGCGUCGAGUGGAGCUGCGCUUCCUGCUCCGGCCGAGCGCUUUCAAGGGUGCACGACACGCUGACGAACUCAAGCGCGAGCAGCCCGGCGAGGCGUUUCAUGCGAUUCGGCGGUUGAUGGCCUGGGCCUAUCCCGGCACCGUUAACGACCUCUAUGAGGAGGAGCGCAACAAGCCAUCAGCGGGGACGGCGGAGGCUGGCAAGCAGGGCGGCGGCGAGGAGUCUACGUUCGACCCGAUGGACCUGUACCGAGAGCUGUCGCGGUGCAGCGAGGAGGGGAAGCGGAGGUUGGCGCGUGAGACGCGGCCCGUCGGCGAUGCGCUGCGGGCGGAGGAUCUAGAGAUUCCCGGCCUCGUCGCUACGCUUCGGUCGUACCAGAGAAAGGCCGUCGGCUGGAUGAAGCUUCGAGAGACGGCCCAGCGAAGCGACGAAGAAGACCAAGACGGCGACGAUCAGAGCCUGAUCGACGAGCCGAACGCUUCAAAGAGAAGAAGGCGAGGACGGCGUGGACACCACCACGGGCGUGACGUUCUACUUCAACCAGUUCACGGGCAAGUUUACGCUUGCCCGCUUCCCGGCACCGUCGGACGUCUGGGCAAGACCGUGGAGGUGCUUGCGCUGAUACUCGCCAAUCCGCGGCCGCCACACGCCGGCGUGGUGGCGAAAACCGGGCCAGGCGCAAUGCUCACCGGUGGUGACGCGACUGAGGCCACAGCACAUGACGACCCCCAGCCAUCUGGCAUUCGGCAGACCAACGGCAGGCUGCGCAAGAGCAAGAGGAACAGGAAGAAGAGGCAACACAAGGAGAUCGAAUCUCCCACGGAGAACACCGAGGAGGAGGACCAGGUCUGGUGCUUCUGCGGCGAUGACGAUCCGGACUACGCCGGCGUGUGGGUACAGACUGUGACCAGGAAGAGAAGGAGGACCAGCAAGAACACGACGCCAAAGAAGAGGAACACGAAGGGAAAGCGGAGGACAAGCAAGAAGAAGAAGAAAGGAGAGAGCAGCGAAGACGAGUACAGGGAGGAGGAAGGGGAAGAAGAAGAAGAAGGGGCAGAGGAUGACCGCAGCAAGCAGGAGGUAACGGAGGUGCUGACAGGCGACUCGUACGAGUGUCCCGAGUGCACGGCCCGCGGCGGACAGCAGCUCGAGUCGAGGGCUACCUUGAUCGUGUGCCCCGACUCGAUCCUAACCCAGUGGCAGCAGGAGAUCGAACGUCACACCAGGCCUGGCGCGCUCAAGUACCUGGUCUACGAGGGCGUGCGCGGAACGGUCUCCAAGCACGCUGGCGGGCUGCCGAUCGUGCGACCUGCCCAGUUGGUCGACUACGACGUCGUGUUGACCACCUACACCACCCUACGGAAUGACUUGAGCCACGUCAUCAGCCAGAGCCCCUCAAGAAACUUCAGGGACAAGAAGCGAUACCGACCAAUCCCUACUCCUCUGCUGGGCGUGCGGUUCUGGCGCACCUGCUUAGACGAGGUGCAGAUGAUCGAGACGCCGUCGACCAAGGUCGCCAAGAUGGCGCUGCGGCUGUCGACGGUGAACAGGUGGGGCGUCAGCGGGACGCCCAUACAGCGGCGCGGGCUGGAGGACCUGCACGGCCUGAUCGCCUUCCUGCAGCUCGCGCCGUUCGACGCCCGGAGCGUGUGGCGGCAGUGCGUGCAGCUGCCCUACGAGCGCGGGGAGAUGCGGGACAAGCUGCACGGGUUCCUGCGCACCAUCAUGUGGCGCACGAGCAAGGUCGAUGUCGUCGACGAAAUCGACAUUCCUCCCCUGCACGAGAAAACUCGAUUCCUCACCUUUUCUCCAGUCGAGGCGCACUUUUACAAGAAGAGGCUGGGCGACACCGUGCAACGCACCCGCACCAUAUUCGAACGCUUAAAGCACAACCGUGCGAUCAACUUUGAGAAGAACGUGUCCAAGAUCUUCGGGUCACUCCUCUCCCUCCGGCAGGCGUGCUGCCAUCCGCAGGUGGGCAGCAAAUCGGGCCUCACCUCCCUCCAGAAGAACACCAUGUCUAUGAGCGAGCUGCUCCUGCAGCUGAUUAUCAGGGCCACCAUCGAAUGCGCGGAUGGGCAGCGAAACCUGGUCGCGUCGCUCAACGGUCUGGCCGGCGUGGCGCUGGUGAACGGCGACAAGCUGCAGGCGAUCCGCAACUACCGCCAGGUCCUGGGCAUGGAGUUCCGACCCAUCGACGAGGAAGGGCGCAAACAGCUGCCCGCCAGCGUCAACGAAGCCGAAAUUAUCAGCGUUGAUGCUUUGCAGAGGCUGCAUGCGUUGGCAAACCUGGCCGAGGUUUUCCAGGGCAUGGCGGACGACGAGCGGGCAGAACUGGAGAAGACUGAAGGGCACACCCUCAACGACCAUCGCCUGGUGGAAGAGGCCGCGAAGCUGCGCGAGCUCUACGCCAAGAGAGCUGAACUCGAGCAGCUGGUGGCGCAGGACAAGUGGAAGGAGGCCACGCGGAAGAUCAAGGAGGCCGAGGAUGCCACGAUCACCCACAACGGCGAGUCCAGGGUCAAGCCGGAGAUCAUCACGGGCGAGGACACAGUGGAGCGGGAGGUGCGGCUCAACGCCUGGUGGGUCGAGGCCCUCAACCUCAUCGACAGCGCCGACGACAACCACAACUGCGACUUCGUCACCAAGCUGCGCAACGAGCUGCUGGCCCAGGAGGAGCGCACGCAGGGCAAGAUGCGCGGGAGGGGCGGGCGCGCCCUGACCCUCGCGCACCGGUUCCAGACCGUCGCCACCCUCAAGCACCUCCUCUUCAACGAGCUCAAGGAGCUCGCGAAGAAGCGCGCCGCGGCGGUCAACGCCCUGCUGCACCUGGGCGACCGCACGCCGACCGCGGCCGACGUCGAGCUCAGCGGCAACUGCCGGCAGUGCCGGAGCUACUUCAACAAGACGGGCCAGGUGUGCGACCACUGCAAGGCCCACGUGCUGCUGAUGAACUACGACGGAUCCCUCUACCGCUACCGCCAGAAGGCGCCCGGCGAAGAUGGUGACGGCGAUGACGGCGAUGGCGCGAAGAAGGCCCACAGCAAGAACAAGAAGGGCAAGACGCCGGCGCAGGGGGAGGACGGCGAAGCGAGCGAGACGGUCGGGUUCGGCAGCUUCCGCGAGAGUUCGGAGGCCGAGCAGGUGCUGGCACACAUCGUGCGCCACCUGCGCAGCAGCAGCGGCUCUUCCAAGAGCGAUGAGGAGCGGAAGCAGUUGCUUGAAGAGGGCGCGGAUCACAUCAAACGCCUGCAGAUGAUGAAGCACGAGCUCAAGCUCAGCCACGAGGUGUGGACGAAGCAAAAGGAGCGAUUGUCGGCUCUUGACGAGCUGGAGAUGGCGACCGUCAGGAUUCGGCUCCGCGUCCCUGGUGAGAUCGUGCCGCCCGAAGAGGAGGUGGUCAAGCUGUGGCCCGUUCAGGUGGAGGAGGUCAAGCGGAGGCUGGAGGUGAUGAAGAAGGAGUCCGAGUCGGAGCUGCAGCGAGCGCGGGGCCAGCUGCGCUACCUCAAGACCCUCGCGCAGAACAAGGCCAAGGUCGACCGGGAAGAAGGGGAGCACCAGCAGCCGCCGAUCGACGGCUCAGCUGUCGACACGACGAAGGGCAAGGAGAAGCUGGAGGCCGAUGCCUCCGAAGGCGACGGAGUUGAGGAAGAGGUCAAGGAGUGCGUCAUCUGCCAGGAGACCCUCAAGAACGACAGCGAUGUCGCUAUCCUCCUGUGCGGCCACGAGUUCUGCUGCCCGUGCAUCAUGACCAUGGUCGACAGGGCGCUCCAUGGAACGAUCAAGUGCCCCACGUGCCGCUCGCGAAUGAACACGACCGAGCUCACCUUCUUCUCCUCAUCCGCCACAACUACUACGGCCCCGCCCACAGUGCUGACGUCAUCACACGUCAUCGGCGACGGCCACGACGAUGACGCUGCGGAGGAGGCGCGGGCCAGAGCGCUGCAAGAGGCCGAGGAGACGGCCCAGGAGCGGCGGGUCGAGGUGAAGGGCAGCUGGGGCACGAAGAUCGAGGGCGUCGUGCGCUGCAUCCUUCACGUGCAACAGAGCGCGCAGGCGCAGGAGCGCGAGCGAGAGAAGGGCAAGGAGAAGGCUGACGCCGAUGCCGGCGCCAUGGACGACGAGCUCCUCCUGCAAAACAUCACGCGUGUCGACAAUAAUAGCAGGAUCAAGUGCCUCGUCUUCAGCCAGUGGGACGACGUGCUGUUGCUCGUGUCGAGGGCGUUGAGCGAGAACGGGGUGAAUAAUAUUCGUCUGCGUACGGCCAACAAGAAGAUACUGCAACGGGAUCUGGACAACUUCAAGUCGCGCUCCGACGUGCCCGUCCUUCUUCUGCCCAUUCGGACUGGGUGCAACGGACUCAAUUUGAUCGAAGCAACUCAUGUGUUCAUCGUCGAGCCAUCGCUCAACCUGGGAGCAGAGGCGCAAGCGGUGGGUCGAGUGCACAGGAUCGGGCAGUCCAAGCAGACCUUCGUGUAUAGAUUCUUCAUUCAGAGUACUGUGGAGAGCAAGAUCUACGAACACGUCUAUCAAAAGCCAAAGGACAGGCCACAGGUCACGUCAGCGCCAACUGAAUCUUCGAGCAGCAGCGGAGGCAGUAUUGAGAAGUCACACACCGACGCUAUGGAGGUGGAGGACCACGACGCAGCGACGCCGACAGCAGCGGCUGCGGUGGUGGUGACGAAGCAGAACCAGGCGGCCGAGGCCGACAGCGUGGACGCGCUGUGGGAGGAGAACAUGUCGCACUUCCACCGGACCAAGAAGGGCCGCGAGUGCGACAUGAGCCUGGCCGAGCUCGGCGAGCUCCUCGGCAUCGACCAAGCAGACCAAGCAGCGGCCGCAGCAGUCGACACAGGUGGCGCCCAGCCCGUCUCAGCUACUGGUGGCGGAGGCGAGGAGCUCGAGGGCCAGCAGGCAGCGGCCAACGAGGCGUACUGGGCCGAGGCGGUGGAGUACCACCGACGGACGAUGCGCCGCGACGACGCCCUGAGAGAGAUCGAGCGGGUGGCCUCGUGGGAGAGGCGAUGGAAGCACCACCAGCGCAAGCGCCAGCUCCAACAAGACGACCAAAAAGAAGAAGCUUCGAAGAAAGAACACGAGGAGGCGAAAGAUGAUAGAGAAGGCGGCGACAACGAACAGGAGGCCGAGUGCCGGGUCGAGCGCUACGGCAGAAUGAUGGCGCCCCAGGUUUGGCGUCAGCUUGACGCUUUGCGCCCGCAGCAGCCGUAA